AUGGCAGCCACCCCGCCAUCAAACUACCGAGUCGACAUUGCACGAUCGCGUAGGCGACCAAUCACAGCACGUCACAGCAUAAUGCGUCCGAACAAGGAUGCCGCUCUUCUGAAUAUAGCAUUGCUUCGGCUGUCGGGGUUCAAAAACCCCAUGGUCCUGCUCAUUUCAAUUGUUGCUCUCGUCUACCUUUCACGGAGAAGAAUACAUCACUCUGCCCUUAAUCAUUACUCUGACGAGGAAGCCACACACUCGAAUCCCGAAAACACCGAGACAGGAGAAACAUCCAUCGGUUUUCUGCGCUCUACGGAGGUUCCUAGGAUUCCUGUAAAGCGACCUGUCCCCACUGCGUCAUUCUCAAACAUCUGGAUGCUCAACCUCCUCACAGUGGUUUUAGCGGCUGCUGCAGGUGUUAUCGUCCCCUCCCUCCUUUCUGCCUUCUAUCUGCUCAGCUUUUAUGUCACCUGCACCUACUGGUCCUCUUGUAAGACUGUCUAUAAUCGCAAACUCGCCUGGACCCGCAUUGUCCUCCUCAUCUACAGUGCUCUUCAUCUCUGUCUCUUCUACCUCUAUCAGUUUGAGUACGCACAAAGUGUUCUCAAAGACGGAUCUUUCAUCGCCAGAUUGCUGGGGCUUAAUUACCUGCUUCGUGUGGAUUGCACGCGACCGGGAGAGGUGAUAUUUCCCUCUGACAAACCCCUCUUUGUUUUCUUCGCACCUAUUGCAACACUAUUUGUGUAUUUGGCGGCUGCGGUUGAGAUUAUAACCAAUAACGACACUAAUUUGCAUGGCAGCAUGACCAAAUGGAUUUUCUUGCGUAACUCAAACCUUACCAACGCAACGCAUCGACAUUCUUUACUGCAGCGACAGCGUCAGCAGCCAGCAGAUGAUUUGAAUCAUCAGGACCCAUCGACAAGUUUGAAUGAGCCGCUGCUAUUGAACACCAAUCAGAACUCUGGCCCAGAUGCAGUGGCGGGUCCGCUGUCACAGAUUGAUCAAUCCAAUGUCGAUCAGACGUUCAUUGAUCUGGAUGACCUGCCUACGACAGAGACUGUUGCUCUCGUACAAGCAGAUGAACCAGAAAUAAAGCAAAUCUCACGAUCCCUAACAGUAAGCGCGAUUGAAGGCGGCGGCGGAGGGCGUUUCUUAAGACCAGGAGGACCCACCGACCGCUCUCAACCUGUCUAUGAUGUCUUCCCCUUUAUGAUAGCCGCUCGCUUUCGUCAUGUCGGCGGUGAUGUUACUCUCGACGAAAAUGCCAACUUUUUCUCACCCCUCACUCAGCGUCCACUUCUCCUCAGCUUCCUCAACUCAGCUAUUCGUAACAGCUAUAUUCUCACCUUUAUUGCCAUGAUGGCCUGGAGCGUAGUCUUACGCAGUUGGUUGUCCUUCAUCCUCCUUCUCUCCGCGUGCAUUUUGUGGAUUUUACCGAAUUCACGACUGGCCUGCCUCUACUGCAGCCCUCUGAUUGUCGCCUACGGCAUGUGCAUAAUUUUACUGCAGUAUAUCUACUGCUUCGAUCUUACGGAGGUCGAACUGCCAACUUACCUGCCAGAUAAGAACCUGAAUCUUACCGAGAUAGGACUGCAUCGCUGGCCUGUUCCUGUGUGGCCUCUGUCUCUUCAAUUGACGUUUCUUGUCUUCUUCUGGCUGAACCUGCGCCUCUUUGUGUUGGAGCGGUCGUCGUCCCUUUCAUUUUCGUCCCACAACUCUACGCGUUCGGUGGUCCACACCACCAAUACCAGCGCUGCAACCACUGCUACAGCAGUUGGCGGGGCUACUGGUGUAGAAAGGGAUGAAGAGUGGAGGGAAGGAGGAGGUGGAGGGGGAGGGCUAGAUGGUGCUACGGCUGCUGCUGUCGCCGCUGCCACUUCCAGUCAGUAUGAGGGCAUUGCGGUGGUGGACAAUUUGCAAUAUCGCAAGUUUACCUCGUUUCUGCACAACCUGUGUGUGCGCUACUGGAUCGCACUUUGUUGUCUCACCAUGCUCCUCUUCUCGCUGCGUCGACCUGUCGUCAUCUUUCGCGUGGUCUACAUGGUUCUUCUGCUCUACUUCUUCACCGUAUUCAUGGUGAGCUACCGAUUCUGGCGAAAGCAGAUGCCCACAUUCUGGUGGGUUUACAUCAUUUACUCCAUUGCUGUACUUCUCUGCACCUACACCUAUCAGUUUACCUUUUUUCCGUACUACUGGCAAAAUGGCACCGGAUUGAGUCCUCAAUUAUUGAAAGCUAUCGGUUUGGAACAAUUUGAUAGUGCGGAACUCUUCGAUCGGCUCAUGAUGCCUGUCGCAUUCAUGGUGGUCAUUAUCCUCCAGAUGCACUACUUUCAUAAACCCUUUCUCGAAAUCUCCUCUUUGGAUAGAUAUCGAGAUCGUAAUGGACAAGAGAGGUUGCGUGUGAAUCAACCUGCUUCGAGCUCUUCACAUCAAAACUACACUGAGUCAUUGGAGACACAGUCAAAUUUCUUGGAAGACUUUCACUCUGUCUUCAAUAUCAUUGCCUCAUCAAUUUGUCGGUUUAUUAACACCUCCCGUACGGUGGCGUGGAGGUUCGCAGAGGUGACAAUCACGAAUAUCAUUCCAGUGAUUAUCAUGGUGGUGUGCUUUCCCUUCCCUUACCUUCACGGCUUCCUCGUCACCUUCAUUUUCUGUUUCACCGGCCUUCAAAUUGUUAUGAAGAUGCUCUUCCAGUUAGACAUUGUCUCCGACCUCGAUUAUGCCAACGUGAUCGCAUCAGGGGCGCCGAAUAACCCAGCCCAACCAAAGUCCAGUAUCACUUCUCUACUUCCUAACGGAACGGGCAAGUGGAUUGGCUUGGAUGUGGUUGAAGACUUUCCCAAGUAUAUCACGCCGCUGGCACUGCUCCUGGUGGCUUGUGUCUUCUGGCAUGUGAUCAAGUACCGCCAACUGCAGUACUACCGCAAGCCGGGCAGCUUGCGACCUAAGUCGGGCAUUAUCUUCCCUGAGAUGACCUUCAGCACUAUGAACGAGAAGCUUGUAAACUUCCUAAAAUGCCUCGCCAAUUACACCUUCUACAAACUCGGUUUGGAGGUGUUUCUUAAUCGCAUCGUCCACACUUCUAAAAGUAAAGCGAAAUUUCGUGGAAUGUAUGGUCUCUGUCUUCUCCUUGUUGUCGCCCUUGGUUACUCAAGUCCUUCUGAGGAUUUUUUCCUCUUCCUUCACCUAUCCACUUUGCUAGCACAACAAAGUCACUUUAUGACAACCCAUCUCUCUCGGCAUCCAACGGGCGCCAACUUUUAG